AUGACCGGGAGGCCAAGCAACAGGACGAGCCAGCAAGCGCCGGCAAUACCGCCGGCGUCGGCUCGCCAGAACGAUUAUUUUGUUCCUCGCGAUGGCAUCGACCGGGAGGUUAUCACAUCAGACAUUUGCCGGUAUCUCGGGAACGAUGCCCUAGUUCGCCCUGGCACUUACGAGUCGCCGGAUGGCCGUGUCACACAGGGCUACUACAUCACUGCCUAUCGGAACCUGACCUCGGCAAUGAUCCAAGAUCUGAAAGCCGACUCCGCCCGAUGGGAGCAGGAGAGGCGCGCCGCCUCGAGGUCUGCAGGUGGUGGUGCUGGAGGCUCCCGGGAGCAGCCUCGUGGCCAAGACUACAACUCGUGGAAGCGCCAGCGCGAAGCGCAAUACGAUGCCCAGUACGGAUCUGCCAUGGAUAUUGACUAUGCCCCUCCCCCAGGCUCUUCUUCCACCCCGGUCUAUACUGGCCAGCAGUACUCUGGCCCCCCUCCCGCAAAUUACCCGCCGGCCAACUACCCAGCCCAAGCGCAUCCCGCCGCCGCACCGCAGUACCAGACCCAACCGACCUAUGCGUACCCGCCGAACCCCCCGCCGACGCAGUAUUCGCCCCAGCCUCAGACGUCUGGUGACCGGUACCCCGGAAUUCCACCACCCCCCAUCGCUGGGACCUAUGCCCAAGAUGCCUUCGUCCAGGGGUCAAAUUACCAAGUGACGGGGGCCGGGUAUGCCAACCCCGGCCCGAACAGGCUACCACCAGCUAUGCCUCAUAGUUCCGCGCCGCCUUCGAGGACGUACACUGGCCCCACGACUGGCACUCCCGUUUAUGGGACGGAAGCAGACCCAUACGGUUACCCACCACCAGCUGGGAAUCCUUCUGCCCAGGGGUUUCCGGCCGACACUCUUUACGGCCGUGGUGCGUAUGCUACCGCCAAAGCCAACUCUCCGGAGGCUUCGUCUGAUGUUUUAGGGUCCCCAGCAGGUACAGCCCAACGGCCCGGCUACGUAGCCCCCCCGGAUCCCCAGUAUGAAGCGCACCAAAAUCCAGGACUGCAACCAGCAACCACGCCCACCAACGCGGGCCCGACUCAGAUCCCACCGGCCGGUGGCGCGCCACCCCCGCGUCAUGAUCGUGAUUCAGAGCCUAGGGAAAGGGAACGAGACCACCGAGACCACCGGGCUCGCCGUUCGGAACCAGAACGCGACGACAGGCACGCCUCUAACCGACCCCGCCACCGAUAA